GCUGGGAGAAAGCCACACACGCUCGCAGCCCCAUCUCCCAGAAGCCCACCACCAAAUUUUUAGCUUCCUUUGCCUUCACCACCAUAUGUUUUCAAAACAUUCCUCAUCCACUGGAGAACCUCUCACAGUCUUAAAACUUCUAUCUCUCUCACUUUCAGUCCCUUCUUCUGCUCUCUAAAACUGUUCCAAUUCAACCCAAAAUCUUCUUCUUCCAUAGCCAGUGCAUGCUCCUAGAGGUAAGACAUUCAUUCUGCUCAUUACCCAGUUUUUGAUAUUGGGUUUCCAUUUUGAUUCGAGCGAGCUACUUUUUGAUCGUCUUUUGUACUUCUCUUGUAAAUUUUGGGAAUUCCAUUUUGUUGGGUCAGCUUGAAUUCUGCGCCUAAGAACAACUAAGAGAAUUCGAAUUUUGUUGGACCCAUUUGGAGAGACUGAUUACACGCCAGAGGGCAAUUUUGGUUGAUGGGUUUGUUUGGAGCCAUUGAUUAGUCAGGAGAGAAGAGACCCUAAUGCUGAUUUUAGUUGGAAAUAUGCAAGGAACAGGAACCAUGGCGUCUGUGGCUUCCCUGUUCAAUUUGGCAGGUGUUGAGAAGCCCCGUUCACAGUUUCGUGGAGUUUGUUUGUCCAGAAGAGGAAUUAAGGGAAGUAAUAAAUGGUACUAUGUAUCAUUUCCUCUCUGUAAAUAUUCAGCUACAACGACAACUGAUUUUGUUGCCGACCAAGGCAAUGCCGUCUCUGUUGAUUCUAAUUCUUAUAGAAGAAGUAAAGAAGAUGAUAGUACCGAUUUUCUACUGAAGCCAGCCCCCAAGCCAGUAUUGAAAGCUGCAGAGUCUAAGCCCCUUGUGGGAUUGAAUAAAGCAGCCUGGGAAUCUCCGAGAACUAACGGGGAUUAUAACAGUAACAGCAAAUUGUUGGAUGUUGAAGAGGAAAGGAGCAAGGUAAUUGAGUCUCUUGGAGAGGUAUUAGAAAAGGCUGAAAAGUUGGAGUCACCGAAGUCGGCUAAUAAGAGACAGGGACGAGGUGUAGAUAAGCCUACACCAACAAACUCAAGCUCUGAUAUGAAGCCAAUAAACUCGAUGGCAAAUCGGAAAUCCAAAACUUUGAAAAGUGUUUGGCGUAAGGGAGAUUCAGUUGCAUCGGUGCAGAAGGUUGUGGAAGAACCAUCUAAGGCUAAUGGUGAGGUCGAAGCUAAACUGGGAGGAGCUAGCGAGGUAGAGCCUCAAUCACGUGCCGCUUUUAGACCCCCUCAACCACCUGUGAGACCACAACCAAAAUUACAAGCAAAACCGUUGGCAGGGCCCCGGCCUGUGUUAAAGAAACCAGUUGUCUUGAAGGAUGUGGGGGCAGCAACUGGGGUAGCAGAUGAUGAAACUAAUGCAGCAGCAAAGACAAAAGAGAGAAAGCCAAUUCUGAUUGACAAGUAUGCUUCAAAGAAACCUGUGGUUGAUCCCUUUAUUUCUGAAGCCGUAUUAGCCCCGACAAAACCUGGAAAAGCCCCUCCCCCCGGAAAGUUCAAGGAUGACUACCGCAAGAAGAAUGUUUCAUCAGGAGGUCCACGAAGGAGAAUGGUCGAUGACAAAGAUGAUGUUGAAAUCCCUGAUGAUGUUUCCAUUCCUAGUGUGACUACAGCACGAAAAGGAAGGAAAUGGAGCAAGGCAAGCCGGAAAGCAGCCAGACUUCAAGCUUCUAAAGAUGCAGCUCCUGUGAAAGUUGAAAUUCUAGAAGUUGAAGAAAGUGGUAUGUUACUUGAGGAAUUGGCCUACAACUUGGCCAUCAGCGAGGGUGAAAUUCUUGGGUAUUUAUAUGCAAAGGGGAUUAAGCCUGAUGGCGUGCAAACUUUAGAUAAAGAUAUAGUGAAGAUGAUUUGCAAAGAGUAUGAUGUGGAGACCAUAGAUGUUGAUCCGGUUAAAGUUGAAGAAUUGGCUAGAAAGAGAGAGAUAUUUGAUGAAGAAGAUCUAGAUAAACUUCAAAGCAGGCCUCCAGUCAUUACCAUUAUGGGACAUGUAGACCAUGGGAAGACUACACUUUUGGACCACAUCCGCAGGACCAAGGUAGCUGCUUCAGAAGCUGGUGGGAUUACUCAAGGAAUUGGUGCUUAUAAGGUGUUGGUACCACUUGAUGGCAAGUUGCAGCCAUGUGUGUUCCUUGAUACUCCGGGGCAUGAGGCGUUUGGAGCCAUGAGAGCUCGUGGUGCUCGGGUGACAGACAUUGCCAUCAUUGUGGUGGCUGCUGACGAUGGAAUCCGGCCUCAAACUAAUGAGGCUAUAGCCCAUGCCAGAGCAGCAGGGGUACCCAUAGUGAUCGCGAUAAAUAAGAUCGACAAAGAUGGAGCGAAUGCAGACAGAGUGAUGCAAGAGCUUUCCUCCAUUGGUUUAAUGCCAGAAGACUGGGGUGGUGACAUUGCUAUGGUGCAGAUUAGUGCUCUUAAAGGGCUGAAUGUGGAUGAUCUGUUGGAAACAGUAAUGCUUCUUGCUGAGCUGCAAGAGUUGAAGGCUAAUCCUGAUAGAAGUGCGAAAGGGACAGUCAUUGAGGCAGGUCUUGACAAAUCAAAAGGACCAUUUGCUACCUUUAUUGUACAGAAUGGAACCCUUAAAAGGGGUGACAUUGUAGUAUGUGGGGAGGCCUUUGGGAAGGUGAGAGCUUUAUUUGACGACGGCGGGAAACGAGUUGAUGAAGCGGGACCUUCUUUACCAGUACAGGUCAUUGGAUUAAAUAUUGUGCCGAUCGCUGGUGAUGAAUUUGAGGUUGUCGAUUCUCUCGACACAGCUCGUGAAAAGGCAGAGUUACGUGCCGAGUCCCUGCGGUCACAACGAAUUUCUGAUAAGGCUGGAGAUGGGAAGAUUACCCUUUCUUCUUUUGCAUCAGCAGUUUCAUCAGGAAAGCAGUCUGGGUUAGACUUGCACCAGCUGAACAUAAUUAUGAAAGUGGAUGUUCAGGGAUCAAUUGAGGCUAUUAGACAAGCCCUUCAGGUGCUCCCACAAGAUAAUGUCACCUUGAAGUUUCUUUUGCAAGCAACUGGUGAUGUGAGCUCCAGUGACAUUGAUCUUGCAGUUGCAAGCAAAGCCAUAAUUUUGGGAUUUAAUGUAAGAGCACCAGGCUCUGUGAAGAGUUAUGCAGAUAAUAAAGGUGUCGAGAUCAGGCUCUAUAGAGUCAUCUACGAGCUUAUCGAUGACGUGCGGAAUGCAAUGGAAGGACUCUUAGAGCCCGUAGAGGAGAAAGUACCAAUAGGGUCAGCAGAAGUUCGUGCAGUAUUCAGUAGUGGCAGUGGUAUUGUUGCUGGAUGCAUGGUAGUGGAAGGAAAGUUGGUAAAGGGAUGUGGCGUUCGGGUUCUUCGAAAGGGUAAAACAGCAUAUGUUGGCCGACUUGAUUCGCUGAGACGGGUUAAGGAAAUUGUGAAAGUGGUAAAUGCUGGGCUAGAGUGUGGAGUUGGGGUGGAGGAUUACAAUGAUUGGGAGGUGGGGGAUGUUAUAGAGGCCUUCGACACAGUUCAGAAGAAGCGCACGCUCGAAGAGGCCUCGGCUUCGAUGGCAGCUGCACUGGAGGAAGCUGGAAUUGACUUGUAGAGAAACCAAGUAAUAGCUUGCCAGGCCAGCCCAGACCAGACCAUACCUUUUUGAUGAUGAAGUAACUAUUCUUUGGCUGCCAUUUUUCAUCCAGCCAAUGUUCGAUGCGAGGACGUGUCCAUCGUUCUGUGAUUCACGUGAGGAGCAGAGUGGCGCCGAGGAAUUGAGAUUGUAAGGGUUUUUUUUUUUUAAAUGCUACCUGCUUUUGGGCUGUAAAUAGUCAAUACGUGUAUUAGAUAUCCAAUUCUUAUUGUAAAGAGGGAAACUGUCAUUCGGUUCUCAAUGCUUCAAUGUAAAAAGCUAAAACUAUGGAAACUGCACCAAAAUGGAGGAAAUGUCAACAAAUUUUUAAUGAUGCUCUAAAUUGGCAUCAUUUUACAUCCA